AAGCAAUCAAACUUUCCAAUUUCCAUGCUACUGUUAUAUAUAUCACACAUUUCUUCUUCAUUCCAAUAUUGAAAAGAAGAAGUAUGGAAAACAAUACCAAACUCACAUUUGAGGACUUGUUGCCGGUGAUGGCUGACAAGCUGGAUGUUGAGGCCUUUGUGGGUGAACUGUGCAAGGGCUUCAGGCUGCUGGCAGACCCAGAAAGGAGGUUGAUAACGUCGGAGUCUCUGAGGAGAAAUUCAGCACAACUGGGCAUGGAGGGGAUGAGCAAAGACGACGCCGAGGCGAUGGUUAAAGAAGGCGAUCUCGACGGCGACGGCGUGCUUAACGAGACUGAAUUCUGCAUCCUCAUGGUCAGACUCAGCCCUGGGAUGAUGGAGGAUGCAGAGGCAUGGCUGGAGAAGGCCCUUCACCAAGAGCUCAGCAAGUCUUCAACUUGAUUAAUUAUUAAUUAAUGUGUUACUACUAUUUCUAUGUUAAUUCUAUAUUGAUCAGUUGAUCGUGAGCCAAUUGUUUGUUAAGAUUGCUGCAGGCUGUUGUUUUUCAUCAACAUGAGAUCGUGCAAUAUGAUUGGGAAUUAUGAAUGGUAUGUCUUAUUAA